GUCUUCGCGCCUGCCUCGCUUACUUGGACCCUUGACGGGGGCAUCGAUCGACAUGGGCACACCAAGAUCUAAGGACAAAUCGAGCAAACAAAUGCUGGGUCAUAAUGAUUGGAGAGAUGUGGAGAAAGAAAUUUUGAGAGAUAACAAGAAAACGAUGUUGACGCGCGAUACAGUAACAAGUAACAACCAGCAAAGGAAAUUUAAUGUGAACAACACGCAAAAGUUCCAUCCAAAUUACAGUCGGGCCCUGCAAAAAAGCUCAAAGGACAGAUCAUUUUUUCAACUCACCCGUUUGCUGGAGUUGAUGUCACUGAGCAGCGACGAAAUUAUGUCGGUGGUAGUUCAAAAGGAAGCCGAAUUCGAGAAAUUGAUCAACAACGACAUGAGCUCGGACACUCUCGUGCUAACGAUGGAAAUUCUGACGAGAGUCUGCCGAGCCAAUUUCACGGAAAUCAUCACGCGCGUAUUGAGCCAAGUGUGCUCGGACAACUUUUUGAAAAAUUUGGAGAACUUUUUGAUGAAACUAUCUUGCGAGACCCCUGGGGACAAAAUCAACAACGUGGUCUACCACAAGAACAAGGAUAGGUUCUGGAACAACGUCAGUGAUUUGUUCGCGAAAACAAUCGAGCUCAUACCUCGCAUGGCGUGUAACAAAUUGAUCCCCAUCGCUCAGCGGGCCGUCCAGGUCAUGAAGAUCUUGGAAGCGAGCCAAAGCUACAAAAUCGACCCGAAAAUCAAGGAAAAGUCGUCGAACGUUGUGAAACACUUGGACCAGGAAAUGCAAAAGAUCCGAGGAUCGAAGUCCACCAAGGGCACGUCCAGCUCGAGGCUGGUGGUAGAGGAGGACAAGCCACCCGAGAACUUUCGGAUGCUGAGCGUCGUACCGACUCUGGACGACCUCCAUGACGAGAAUCCCUUCUUCCGUGCGUGCAUGACCAAAGACGCCUACGACUCGAUCGAGCAUUACCUGGACGUUCAGUUCCGGCUGCUGCGCGAGGACUUCCUCAUACCACUUCGCAACGGCCUGUACGAGUACUUGAACAAAAACGCGAACGGGGGCCACCGAAACAGCGACCUGCGGAUUUACCGGCAGGCCAAACUGAUGUCCCUGGACAUAAGAAACAACCACAUUGGCAACAAGCUCGCCUUCGGCAACAUCAAGAACGUGGACUGGAGCAACUCGAAACGGUUCAUGUUCGGAAGUCUCCUGUUGCUCAGUCGAGACAACUUCCAGACGGUCCUCUUUGCCACGGUGACGGGCUGCGAUCUAGGUAUGCUUUCCCGGGGUCACAUCCUCAUCGAGCCCUGCCACGGUUCCAAAAUCACGCCAGACCUCCUCAAGUCGACCUUUGUCGUCCUGGAGUCGAAGAUAUUCUUCGAGCCGUACUUCCAAGUGCUCACUGCCAUGCAGAACAUACGCGACGAGACGUUUCCCAUGGAGGAUUACCUGAUCAGGGCGCAAAUCAAGCCCGAGCUCCCUCGCUACCUGAUGCGGUACGGAGUGACCCUAACCUACAAAGAGAGCCACAAGUUGCCGGUCGGACCGGCCGGUGGAGCCUGGCCGACCGCCAAACAAUUGGAUAUGGACGAGUCGCAGUAUAAAGCGUUCAAGAGCGCCAUAACCCAGGAAUUUGCGAUUGUACAGGGUCCCCCCGGCACUGGGAAAACGUUUUUGGCUUUGCAGAUAGUCCGCGUUUUGCUGGAAAACAAAGACAAUUGGAGGGAACACGGGCCCAUUGUGGUCGUUUGCCUGACCAACCACGCCCUGGACCAGUUUUUGGAGGAAAUACUCAAGUACACCAACAGCGUGGUACGCGCGGGGAGCCGGUCGAAGAGCGAGAUCCUGGUGAAUUACACGCUGAUGAAGAGGCGCGAGGCUUUGGGCAUCAAGAGCAGUUUCGGCAAGGCCAUGUUCACCGUCAAGAAGGAAUUCGAAGAAAUCCUGGCUGAGAUAAAGAGGUACCGGCUGCUGCUGAAAUACCUGACCACCCCGAAUAUCAUCGUGCCCCUGGCCUGUCUCUUCCCGACGGGUAAGUGCGGUGGCUCCGACGCCGAACUCAUAUACGAGUUGACCGGGUUCGACAUCAACUUGGGCAACAGCAUACAAAACGAUCUCGCGUACGAUAACCAACAAGAAACCGGUGACGACUUUUACGAUUACUUGGUCGAGAGGGAUCUGGACGAGGAACUGAACGCCUACACCGACGACGACAUCGCCUUUGAUUACGAGAAGAUCAAUUUUUAUCACGUCGAGUCGACGAACGUCAUGGGAUUGCUCGAUAUUCAGAUAAGGUUUCUUCGGGACAGAAUCGACACUCUCGUGGCAUCCGAGGCCUAUGACCUGGAUUAUUUCGUGUACAAUGAAGUUGGAGUGUUGCAGUACCACCUUGAAAUAUUGACGGAUACAAAAUUUAUGUUAAAGGAGGAGUUUAAUAACCACCCGCUGUUGAAUGAUUCCCGCCAACCCUCGAGGUACGAUCACUGGGAGAAGUAUUGGGAAAGAGUUAAGUUCAGCUACGAAUACCUGGAGAAGAAAGUACUUCAAUUAGAGGAGCAGUGUCGUCAGAAGAAAUCGCAACUCAAUAAGUACAGGGAGUGCGCUAAUUUGGAAGUGCUGAAAGAACACGAUGUCAUCGGUUUGACCACGUCCUGCGCUGCCAAACUACAAGAAUCCUUGCGCACCCUCAGCGCUCCCAUUGUCAUCGUCGAAGAAGCAGCGGAGAUUCUGGAAGCACACGUGGUCUGUUCGAUAACUAAGGAGUGUCAACACGUGAUCCUCAUCGGCGACCACAAGCAGCUCCGCCCCAAGGCCUCCGUGUACGAACUGGGCAUCAGAUACAACCUGAACGUGUCGUUGUUCGAGCGUAUGGUCAACAUCAGAGGCGAGUGUCUGCAGCUGGCCUACCAGCACCGAAUGCGACCGGAAAUCUCGAAGCUGAUCACCCCGUCGAUAUACACGACAUUGUACAACCACGAAGUGGUUCGGGAUUUUCCGAAUGUCAAAGGGGUGGCGAGGAAUGUUUUUUUCAUCGACCACGAGAACAGCGAACAAUCCUACAACGACGACACUUGGAUGAACUUGCACGAAGUGAAGUACCUGUUGGCUUUUGCCAAAUAUCUGAUACUGCAAGGCUACGAAUCUUCGGAAAUCACGAUACUUUGCACGUACUCCGGGCAAUUGUUUACUUUUAAGAAAGAGGUUCGCAAUCAUCAAUUACUCCAUAAAGUGAAUAUAACAACGGUCGACAAUUACCAAGGGGAGGAGAACAAGAUCAUCCUGUUGUCCUUGGUGCGCAACAACGGAGCGGGAAACGUUGGGUUUUUGAAGGAGGAGAACAGGGUUUGCGUCGCUUUAUCACGUGCCAAGUAUGGUCUUUAUGUCAUGGGCAACAUGAGGGAUCUCGUUGUCAAAAACAACAUUUGGCCAAAGAUAAACCGAGUGUUGGAGGAGGACGAAGCUAUAGGCGAUGGUUUGAUAGUAAAAUGCCAAGUCCAUUCUGAUCAAGUUUUCAAAAUGAAAACAGCUGACGAUUUCAAACAGUGUCCAAGGGGUGGAUGUUCAAAAAUAUGCGACGUAGAGUUGAAGUGCGGGCACUCGUGCGUCUCUGUUUGCCACAUAUUGGAUCGAGAGCACGAGAAAUACAAAUGCUUGAAAAAUUGCGAGGAAAAGUGUCCGAAAGGUCACCAAUGCCUCUUAAAGUGUUGGGAAGGCUGCAAUCCGUGCAAAGUUAAAAUCCCGCAGUCAUUGCCGUGUGGACACACUGUGGAUGUACCCUGCUACGAGGAGCUCAAACGUUUCAAAUGUCCCGUCAUUGUAAGCGUCACUUUGCCCGAUUGCAAUCAUCGCGUGCGAAAACCAUGCCAUGAAUCAAUCAAAGAUUGCGAAUGUACGCACUAUUGCGAAAGCGUCCUAAGUUGUGGUCAUACGUGCGGUCAACGGUGUAGCCACGAUAAACACCUUCAGUUCGCGUGUUUCCAAAGCUGCACGAAAAAAAGUGUCGGUUGUCAAAGUGAUCACACGUGUCAAAAUCGUUGUUUCGAAGAUUGCAGACCGUGUUCCGUUCUAGUGAGCAAGUUGCGCUCUUGCGGGCAUCGUUAUGAUUUUAUGCAAUGUUCCAAAAUAAUAGAAGACGAGCCUUGCGUGAGGCCUUGCCUGCUUAAGCUUACUUGUGGACACAAGUGUCAGAAUAAGUGUAAUGAAGUCUGCACCAAGAGCUGCGCUGUGGCGGUUGAAAAAACGAGCUCCUGUGGCCACACGUUGAGAGUGGAAUGCAGCCAAAAAGCGUCACCAUCUAAAUGCCCCGGAAAAUGCUCUAAAGUAUUGCCGUGUGGACAUGUUUGUGACAAAAAAUGUAAGGAUACUUGCACCAGUGCAUGUGACAUUAUGGUCGAGCUAAACGAACCUGCACUUUGUGGUCACAUUUUUUCAGCGCCUUGCCACUUGCUAACUUCAAAGUCACCGAACAUAACAAAGUACUGCAAAGAACCUUGUAAUGUUCAACUUGCGUGUGGGCACGUGUGCAAUGGCAGCUGUGGUGGAUGUCUUCAGGGUCGAGUACACGUUCCCUGUAAGCAGCCUUGCCGAACAAAGUUUAUUUGUGGACACAAAUGUAAGAAGUCUUGCGAUGUAGAUUGUGGCUUGUGCACUGAGCGUUGUGAUGCAAAGUGUCCGCAUCAUCAGUGCAACAAACAUUGUGGAGAUCCUUGUAAACCAUGUCUGAAAUUAUGCCAAUACGGAUGUCGACACCAGCGUUGCACGAGACUUUGCAACGAACCAUGUGAUAUUGAGCCGUGCGAUGAACCUUGCGAACGAACAUUAAAGUGCGGGCAUCCGUGUAUUGGAUUUUGCGGGGAACUUUGUCCCCCUUUGUGCCGAAUUUGCAACAAAAAUAUCUUGUCCGAAGAUCUAUUGGGCACUGAAGAUUACGAUGACGCCAGGUUCAUACUACUGCCAGACUGCCAGCAUUGCAUUGAAAGCGAAAGACUUUUAAAAUCGGUAACCAGCACAGGUACGCGAGAUCGGCCCAUCCAAGCGAAGUGUUGCCCCAAAUGUGAGGUACCGAUAAAAAACUGCAUGAGGUUGAUGAACCAAACCAAAGAGGAUCUGUCCAGCCUUGUGCUGUUGAGGAAAAAAAUAUUUUUCAACAAUAGAAAGGAAGCGGAUUCGAAGAGACAAGAGUACCUUGCUGUCGCUAGUACUAUGCUGAACGAUACCGUUGUAAUGGGUUGUGCACAUUUGAAAAGUAUAUUCGAACGUUUGGAGAAACAAGGAAAGGCUCUGAAAAAUCGAAGAAAUCCAGUUUCCAGUUAUUACGAGAUUAGCGCCUUCAAAAACAUCUUGGACGUAUUGGUCGAGAUGACCUUCACUUUGAAGUUACUGAAAAAUGCCAGUAACUACAAAUUUAUUGAAAAUCAAAUCAAACUGUUGACCACCUCUGUGCCGAUUACGUUGCAAUUAUCGAAACAAAGAUUAGAGGAUGUACAACUGGAACUGAGGCGUUUACAUCUAAUGGUAAAAAUAAAAAAGAUUUUUAACGAUAGUAAGAACCGAUUCGUUUCAUUUAUGGAAAAUGUAGAACAGGAAAUUUUAAUCCAUGAUUUAACCAGUGCCGAAAGAUUCUCUAAAAAGAUGGAAAAUGAAAUUAUAACGAGAGUAAAAAGAUUACAUCCAAACGAAAACAAUCUGUUAAUUGAACGAAAAGUUAUUUUAAAGGACGUAGGUCUUGUAAAAGGUCACUGGUUCGAGUGUCCCAAAGGGCACUUUUACGAAGUAACAACACCAGGGUAUGGAAGAUGUUUGGAAUGUAAAUAAAAUUUGUGGUUAAUGUCCUAAUUGUCUUACACUUGAAGUGGUUUGUUAGUUUUAUGAAAAUGUGUUUCGUGUAUGCUCUAAUUUGAUAUUAGCGAUCAUACAUUUUUAUUCGUUAACCAAAUUCUCUAGUAAAUUUGUGUGUGAUUUUAAUAUGUGUAGUAUUUAAUUUUUAUUAUUCGUUUAAGUGUUAACCUUUUUAUUGCUUUGCCUGUUAUCUAUCUAUCAAUUCGUGCUUUAUUUAUCGAAUAAAAAUAACGUGAUAAAAAUAAAAUAUCUUACAAGUAAAUCA